AUGACUAUAGGAAAGGCCAAAAAUUCUUUACGACUACUGAUAGACGUCGACAUCGACAUAAAGGACAAUCAAGCAGAGGACAGAAUAGGUCAAACGGAACGCGCAAUACUAUCUCCUUUACCGUCUGAAAACAACAAGCUUCUAGAUGCAGAAGAUCCGCUAAACUUGGAAGUACAUGACUAUUGUUCAGAUGACAGUGUUAAGGACCCAAUUUACGUAAAUGACUAUUAUUCCGAUUCUGAUCAUAGUGACUUCAACAUUGCGACUAAAAAUUCAAGUUCAAGUCAAAUUAUUACGCCCAAUUCUCAACAAAAAAUUGACUAUUCAAACAAGCCCAAACCAGGUCCUUCCAAAAUAUCGUAUAUACCACCGAGUAGUUCAUCUAGUUCAAGCUCUUCUUCGGACUCUUCUGAUAGUUCAUCAUCGUCUAGCGAUUCUUCAGACACGGAAGAGGAUGUAAAAAGAGUUGAGGAAUAA